AUGAGCGAUCCCAAAGUUGCAUCACUGACGGAGCGCCUGGGCGAUAUUUUAUCUGACGUGUCGCAAACGACCGACUGGGCGGACGACGAUCGAGAAGACGCACCGAAGCCCGCCACCAAUACAGACAAGAACGUGAAAGAGGGUGGAAAGGAGAACGAGAAGGAAGAGAAUGGUUCAGGCUCGCAGGGGCCACUGCAUGAGUCCAAGUACGAUGUACAGGUGACACUGGCUGAUCCCAACUCGCCACUGUACUCGGUCAAGUCGUUCGAUGAUUUGGGGCUGCAUGCCGAUCUCUUGAAAGGAAUCUAUGCGAUGAAAUACACGAAACCAUCCAAGAUCCAGGAACGUGCGUUGCCGUUGCUCUUGCAAAACCCACCGCGAAACAUGAUCGGACAGUCACAGUCUGGUACAGGCAAGACAGCCGCGUUUGUGCUGACGAUGCUCUCACGUAUUGACUUUAGUGUUGACAAGCCACAAGCCCUUGCUCUUGCGCCGUCGCGUGAGCUGGCGCGGCAGAUCAUGGAUGUGGUACAGGAGAUGGGCAAGUACACGCCCGUCAAGACGGCCUUUGCGAUCCCCGACGCGAUGAAGCGUGGUGAGAAAGUACAGGCACAUUUGGUCGUAGGCACACCAGGCAAAACAUUUGAUCUGAUCAAGACGCGUGCAUUGGACCCAUCGGGCGUCAAGGUGUUUGUGUUGGACGAGGCUGACAACAUGCUCGACCAACAGGGUCUGGGUGAGCAGAGCAUUCGCGUGAAAAACACCAUGCCCAAGACAUGUCAGCUGGUGCUGUUCUCUGCGACGUUCCCGGAACAUGUACGGACAUUUGCAGUGAAGUUUGCACCGAAUGCGAACGAGAUCCGCCUGAAACAGGAAGAGCUCAGUGUCGAGAGCAUCCGGCAGUUCUAUAUGGACUGCAAGACAGAAGAGCACAAGUACGAGGUGCUUGUUGAACUGUACAACCUACUGACCAUUGGCCAAAGCAUCAUCUUCUGUGCAAAGCGCGAUACAGCCGACAAGAUUGCACAGCGUAUGACGGCUGAAGGCCACCGUGUCGACUCGCUGCACGGCAAGCUUGACACUGCUGCGCGCGAUCGCACGAUCGAUGAGUUCCGCUCCGGCAAGUGCAAGGUGCUGAUUGCUACGAACGUGAUUGCUCGGGGCAUUGAUAUCCAGCAAGUUACUCUUGUCAUCAAUUAUGACAUGCCUCUUACACAGCAAGGCGAUCCUGAUGCCGAGACGUACCUGCACCGUAUUGGUCGCACUGGUCGUUUUGGCCGGAAAGGUGUCUCGAUCAACUUUGUGCAUGACGAUACGUCUCGUCGACAGAUGGAAUCCAUCGAGCGUGCAUUGCACUGCCAUAUUGUGCCGGUGCAGACGGAUGACUUGGAAGCGAUGGAAUCCACUAUCAAAGAAGCCCUGAAAAGCCAUGCGAACCCUUAG